AUGGAGGGCAAAAUAAUUACCACCGUAUUCGUCGCCAUCUUCUUCUCUUUUGCUUUCAUAACAGCUUGUGCACGUCCAGCUCCAACCACCACCGCAGCAUCCAACCAAUCUCCACCAUUUCCCGCCGUCUUUGCCUUCGGUGAUUCGACCAUCGACUCGGGCAACAACAACGGUCUCAUGACAAUCUUCCGUGGGGACCACCCUCCCUAUGGCGAAGACUUCCCCGGCCACAUUCCCACAGGUAGGUUUUCCAACGGGAAGCUCGCAACCGACUUCUUGGUCGCCAGCCUCGGCAUCAAGCAUGCCUUGCCGGCCUACCUAAGCCCGUCUCUGACAGAGCAGGACUUGGCCACCGGCGUCAGCUUCGCCUCGGGGGGUUCGGGCUUAGACGACGCCACCACAGCCUUAACUGGGGUUAUAGACAUGCCCAGACAGUUGCAAUACUUCGAUGAGGCCAUGUACAGACUGGAGGGAAAUAUUGGAAGAAACGCAACCCAGGAAUUGGUUAGGAAUUCUAUAUUCGUUAUUAGUGUUGGGACUAAUGAUGUUGUGUUUAAUCUCUAUAGAACGCCGAACUUUCAGCACACUCCUUCUAGCUACCAAGAUUUUCUUCUCCAAAGGAUUCAGGCUUUCAUUCAGGCUCUAUAUGAGCAAGGAGCUCGCAAGUUUGGCGUGGCAGGUCUACCACCAGUAGGGUGCCUGCCGCUUCAAGUGACCGUAGGCAGCUUUAUGCCAAGUCCACAUAUGCUCCAGCGCCUUUGCGUCACCGAACAAAACAUUGACUCUCAAACUUACAACUCUAAGCUUCAACAACUUCUAUUUAGCCUCCAAUCCUCCUUGCUUGAUUCUGCAAUCCUAUACUUUGACAUCUGCCGUUCCAUGAUGGACAUGAUCACUAACCCUACUAAAUAUGGAUUUCAAAACACUCUUCAAGGAUGUUGUGGGACGGGUAUAAUGGAGAUGGGUCCUCUAUGCGUUGCGGGUUUGCCAAUGUGUCCUGAUGCAUCUCAACUCAUUUUUUGGGACUCCAUGCACCCUUCACAAGCUGCGUACAAGGCCAUUGCUGACCAGUUUUUGCAAACUGUGCGCCAGCUUCAUUAA